AUGGCUGCCCCUAGCUCUAGAGACGCUACAAAUUUAGCGGGUGUCUGGAACUUAAAUAGAACACUCUCCGAUGAUCCAGACAAAAUCUUCGCUCUGCAAGGUGUUCCUUGGGUGGUGAGACAGGUUCUGCGGUACGCCAGCCUUUCUCUAUCAAUCUCCCAGUCAAUUUGCCUGGCAGAUGGAACCUUUGCAGCCCCACCUGACGCCCACUCCAACUUUGAUUACCCAGGAGACUCGGUUACCAUUCUCGACAUCACACAGAAUGUGUAUCCUGGAAAUUUCAACAGUGAAGGAAUCUAUCAUGUAAAUGGCAAGCCGCAAAAUUUGUCCCUCCCUAUCUUUGGGGACGUGGUGAUGCAGUUGAGCUACAUCAAUGCAUCGAGUAUUUCAGACGAAAAGCUUCGCCAGACGCUCAGCGAGGGAAGCUCAUGCCAGGUCGUUAUUGAUGAGAUUGCUCACAAUUCAUCCAAAGGCUGGGAGGCGCGAGUAUUCUGGGGAUUUGAGUAUAUUUGUGAUAAAAGAUACUUUACUCGCAACGCCAUUGUGUGGAAGGGUGAUAAAACAGUGAAUUCGCGAAUGGUCUACGAUUUCCGCUGCUAG